GCCGGCAUCUGCUGCCCGUGUGACAUGAAAGGCCCCAAACCCUCUGAUCUGCGGAGAGGGAAGGGAGAGGCCAGCGCGGGUGCCAAGAGGAAACUUUCCUACGGCUCGGGCAGGGGAAAAACCAACAAACACUCAGGCACGCACACACGCGCCAAGGAGAAAUCCCAGCGAGCGGAGGAGCGCGAGCGGCUGUGAGGGAGAGACCAAAAGGGGUCGAGCUGGGCUGGGUGCCUGGGGCACGUCCCUCCUUACAGAGCCCCCAGAACCUGGCCAGGUCCCUCCGUGGGAGAGCCCAGCAGCCUGCGUGGCAGCAGCCAGCCCCGCCGCGAUGCUGCUCGUCCUGCUGCCAGCCUGGGUGGCUCUGUGCGUCCUGCAGCUGCCCCUCGGCAGCACCCAGGAGUGCCUGAGCCACCAGCAGGUGCUCAGCACCGUGCGGCAGAUGCAGAAGCUGCUGUCGGCGCAGGAGGCUGCCCACCUCCAGGGCACACGCAGCCUCAAGAAGCAGCUCUCGGCGCUGCAGAGCCGCGUCCAGAGGCUGGCCAGCAAGCGCAACGAGACCUGUCCGCAGCUGGCAGUGCCCGCGAACGGGAGGAAGCUGGGCCGGAGCGCACGGGUGGGCCACGACGUUCACUUCGUCUGCGAUGCUGGUUUUCGGCUGGUGGGCUCGGAGACACGGACCUGCCGGCGUGACCGCACCUGGGGCGGCACCCAGCCCUCCUGCAGAAGUAUUGAUGACUGUUCCAGCAACCCAUGUGCAAACGGCGGGACCUGCGUGGAUGGCAACCAGAGCUACACGUGCCUGUGCCCACGGGGUUGGUCGGGAACCAGCUGCCAGAGCCCCGUCUACACCUACUGGGUGACGCUGAGCAACUCCUCCUUCAGCCGCCAGCCCCGUUGUGCCGAGGGCCGCCCGGGCUCACGGCACUGCAGCUGCGACACCGGCUUCCAGAUGCGAGCUGGAGGCGUGUGCCAAGAUGUCGACGAGUGCCAGCUUUUCCAGCCCAGCCCCCAGACCCGGCUCUGCCUCCACGACUGCCUCAACCUCCCGGGCUCCUACCGCUGCCUCUGCCCCCCCGGGUAUGUGCUCCAUGCCGACCGCAACACCUGCGAGGAUGUCGACGAGUGCACCGGCAGCCAGCACAACUGCACCCACGGGGAGCUUUGCAUCAACACCUUCGGGGGCCACCGCUGUGUGCGCCCCAAGUGUCCCCCGCCCCGCCACAACACCAGCUAUGUCAAGACAUCCAGCUUCCAGUGCGAGAGGAACCCCUGCCCUAUGGACAGCCGAGCCUGCCGCCUGGCUGCCACCUCCAUCUCCUUCCACUACCUGCCGCUCCAGGCCAACCGCAGCGUGCCCCGCGUCCUCUUCAAGAUGUCCACCACCCGCUUCGUGGGCGACAGCCUGCGGUUCGCCAUCAUGGGCGGCCGUGGCCAGGGCGUCUUCGCCGUGCGGCGCUCUGACCGGCAGACGGGAGAGCUGGUGCUCACCAGCCCGGUGGUGGGGCCGGCCACACUGGAGGUGGAGCUGGAGAUGAGCGAGUUCUCCCGCAAGGUGCUGCUGGGCAAGCACAUCUUCAAGGUCACCGCCUUCGUGUCCCCGUACGAGUUCUGAUCCCUGCUGGAGGUGGAUGUGGGGCCAAGCCGGGUCUGUCCUGCGGAGUGAUGGAGCAGGUUCAGCUUGGUGACCUCCAUUCUUGUCCCAUUAGAGACGUACCCAGGAGUUGGACUCAGUGAUCCUUGUGGAUCCAUUCCAACUUGGGAUAUUCUACAAUAUUCUCCAAUUCCUCUCCCACAAUGCUUGCUCACAGCUGUUAGGGCAAAGCAACUGCAGAAGGCAUCCUGCCCAUUGCUAAGGCUGCAAGGAAGACCCCAGAGGCCACGACGGGGGUCACAGCAGGAGAUGCGCGUUGCAGGGGGACCAGGCUGCGUGCCCACCUGUGCCAGCCCUCCUUUCCUUAUCUCCGCCACUGCAGCCUGCCAGCAUGCAGGUCUGGCUCCUCAUGCCUUGUAACCUCUGACAAAAUAAAAACAGCUGUAGGAAGGAU